CAACGUCGACGCCAACGCCAACGCUCACAAGAUGCGGCAUCGGGCGCGGCCCGCACGAUUAUGGCCCUGAAGCGCAGAGAUGUAGUCCUCGCCGCCAUCGCCGUCUUCAUCGCCUGGGGCUACGUCACCCACUGGCGGCCCUCGUUCCGCUUCCUCCCCUAUGCCUUCGUCGCCGGCGUCCUCGCGACCCUCGCCCUCCAAGCAUGGCUGACCCUCACGACCGCCUGGAAUAAAGAGCUGCGCGAUGGCGGCGAGGUCGACUACGGGCCCCGGCAUGCCGCCUUCCUUGCGCCGGCCAGGUGGCGGGCCGAGAGGGACGCGCUGACGAAGCGGUCCAUGUACAUGAUGGAGCCUCUGUACCCCGCCUCAUUUGUUAUAUCGGACAGCAUCGACGUGCUGGUGGGGCUGGUACUGCGCGACUUUGUGAAGAGCUGGUACGGCAACAUCAGCAAGAGCCCGACGUUCGUCAACGAGGUCGACCGCGCUGUGAGGGCUGCAUUGGGCGAGAUCCGAGACCGCAUACUGGCUGUGGACAUGGUGGAGACGCUUGUUUCGCGCAUGAUUCCUCUGAUCACCGAGCACUUGAGGGCCGCAUACGCAGCGGAGCGCGCCGUCCGCGGUCGCAAGUUGUCUCGCAAUGUCACCGAGUCGGAGGAGCUUGACCUGGCAAUCGCAGCCAAGUACAAAGACGGCCGGCUGCAUCCUGCCGCCUCACUAUCAUAUUCGAAUACCAAGCUUAUCCAGCAGCAGCAUUUACGAAGCAUUGCCACGCGAUUGUUACCCAAGGUCAUGCCCACAAACAUGCUUACCAGCCCUGCUGUAAACGUUUUGAUCAAAGAACUCGUCGCUUGCGCAGUCUUGUCCCCCGUGAUGGAAAUGCUUGCGGACCCAGAUACGUGGAAUCAGCUGAUGGAGGGAUACGGCCGAUCAUUGUUGCAAGAGCGAAAGACGGUGCGAAAGCUCCGAGCAGCGCUCGACGAGCAUGCCCCUCCGUCCCCGAGGGCGCCAAGGAAUGUCCAAUUUCCUAAGCUUUCGCCUGGCGACAACGAGCGCAAGUUUGAAAGGUUCAUCCGAGCAAUCCGGCAGACGAACACGUUAGCAGAUGCUCGUCGCUUCCGGAGCGAGGUAUCGAGCCAGCUGAGGAAGGACUCCAUGGUGGAAGGCCAGGACCCCGUCUAUCUACGUCGCCUGGAGACAGCGAGGAAAAUCCUCGAUCAAAAAAUUGCGAACUUGAGUGCCAGUGGACCGGUACGCGGCAAAGCCGCCGCGCAAGAGAAACCGAAGCACAAACGAACGGCGUCGCGAUUCGAGAGCGCUUCGUUACGUGACGUGCUCUAUGAUGCAGCGGGACUUUCUUGCUUCAUGGAGUACAUGGACCAGGUGGGCCUCAUGCGACUAGUCCAGUUCUGGAUCGUUGUUGACGGUUUCCGGAACCCGCUGGAACAGGACACCGAUGAGCCGGUCGGGCAUCUCGCUUUGCCUGCUUGGUCGGACUCGGAUCGCGCAGAUAUGGCGCAAAUCAACGAUGCCUACCUAUCGAAAACGGAGCUGAACCUACUACCCCAAGCACGUCAAGCAGUCACAGAAUUUCUCAAGGCAGGCCGAGCGGCGACACCCCAGCAAUACUACAAUGCGCGCCGAAGUUUGUUGCAGGCGCAGACGGCCGUCUACGACCAGCUUCAGGAACCGCAUUUCCGGAGAUUCAAGAAGUCGAACUUGUAUUACAAGUGGCUCGCCAUGGACGAAGCUGCAAAUGCCGAGAAGAGUUCCGUCAGCACCAAAAUUGUGGCUAAGACGCUCGAGAACCCUUCGUUGGUAGCUUCAGGGAAACUUGUCCGGUCUCAGUCGGCGCAGAAGACGCUCCAGGCUCCUGACCUUCGUCGAGCGGCCGUGUCGUCGUCCGAUCUCAAGGGUCAGGGUAAGGUGAAAGACCUCGACCCUCCCCCACGACGCUCUCUCGAUAGUAGCGCGCCUGUCCGGACGCCGCUUUUCGAUGACGACUAUGAUAGCGAUCCGCUCGCCAAUUCGACGGCGAGCUUAGACUCGGAUGGCGGCUUGUCCCGGCAGAACGGCGACAAUUCUAAGGUCGUGGACGCAAUGCAGGCUGCGUUAAACGACAUCAUGGGAGAUGAACCUGAAGGCUCGCUAUUCAACGAAUCAAGCCUCAAUUCACCACAAGACAACGACUCGCUCAGAGGUUCGGUGGACCUGCCCAGGGCGAUAUCGCCAACUCUAAUGACGAUGCAGAGGAGAGAAAGAGAGAAGCCAAGCAUAGCGUCACUGGGCCUUGUCGGUGAGCCGCGGACCCGCGGAGUCUUCAAUGACGACCUCUUCGGUGAUGAAGAAAAGUUUCUGGAGGAUGAGAUCGAAGACCCUGAUACUGACAAAAAGCUGGACGAGGAUGAGAUUCACGAAGCUGCCCCGGGUGAUCUCGGCUUAGCUGAGGCCAUUGACACGCUUACUGCAGAUAUCGAACGCCUCGUUACCCAGGAAUCUAUUGUGGACUCCCUGACGACCAAGGCCGAGCUGACGAACAAUGCCGCCGAGCUUCGGAUUCUGCGAAAGUCCAAAGCCAGUCUCCAGAGGGAGAUACAGCGAAAAGAGCUGCAACGGCAGCAGUAUAUUGUUCAAGAAAGCGACAACAGCUUAUAUGGGCGCGCUACGGUAUUCAUACAAUCUAUCAUGGUCGGCACCGAAGAAGACGGGAAAGAGUACGCCCUAUACGUUAUCGAGGUCCGCAGACGUGCCGGCGACCAAAUGCCUGCAGCGGCAUGGGUCGUUUCCCGCAGAUACAGUGAAUUUCACGAGCUCAACAAGCGCCUUCGCGCAAAGUUCCCCCAAGUACGGGUCCUUGAGUUUCCAAGGCGGCAGAUGGUCCUCAAGCUGCAGAAGGACUUCUUGCACAAGCGAAGACUGGGGCUUGAAAAGUAUCUUAGAGAGCUUCUUCUCAUCCCAGCAGUAUGCCGUAGUCGCGAGCUUCGAGCCUUCCUCUCGCAAGCAGCUAUAUCGGCUACCGACCCUUCUUCUUCUCAAGCGACCUCCAACGACUUUGUCACCCGCAUCUACAACUCCGUUGCGGAUGGCAUGGAGGAGUUCCUCGGCAACAUACCAGUCUUAGAUCAGCUUUCUGUUGCGGGCCAGAACCUCAUCUCCGCAGCUACGAAUCAAUUGGCUUCUUCCAAUGGCACCACUACCCCUACUGGCCUGGGUGCCACUGUCUUGGCCGUGGAGCCAACCUCAGACGCCGAGGCUGAAGCAGAGCUGCUUGCGUUCGAAAACAAAGAGCUCGAGCCUUUCGUAACACCCAUAUGCGACCUUUUCUUAGAGACCUUUGAACUAAACCGAGAAAACAACUGGCUCCGCGGCCGCGCCGUGGUUGUCGUCCUCCACCAGCUCCUCGGCGGAACCAUCGAACGCAAGGUCCGCGAGUCGUUCAAUGGCCUCGUCUCCGAAGACAGCAUCGUCAGAUACAUCGAAAUGCUCAAGGAUGCCAUGUGGCCGAACGGGCUGCUUAAGCUGCCCGCUGAGAGGACGCCGCAGGAGAGGGCGAAGAGCAGGAAAGAGGCUGGCGUGGUGCUGGGCACGCUGGUCCCGGAGCUAGCGGCGUCGGUGGUGGGCCGAGCGAAUGCGCAGAUGGCGGCCAAGAGGUUGGAAGCUACGGUUAAUAAUCCGAGGUUGAACACGCAUCUUGCUUUUACGCUCUUCGACGAGAUGAUUCAGGUCUUGUUUCCGGAGGUUGGGAUCAAGUGAUGCAAUGCAUGGCUGGGGUGCAUGGAGUGGCGUUUUCGGCCUGGCUUGCUGACGGCAGCACGCCGGUUGGUUAGGAUACUUGCAUUUGGUCCGGUGACAGGCACUUACAGACUUCGCAAUGGAGCAUUAUUUCCUCCUUCCAUAGCCAGCCCUCCUGUUUGUUUGUAGGAUUAGGCCGUUCUUUAUCAUCCUCUCUUCCCGCUCCGGCAUUCUAUAC